AUGACGAAAAGUAAAGGGGAACGUCUCUACCGAGCCUGCAUUCGCUGUAGGCAGCGGAAGACGAAAUGCGAUCUGUAUGUCGCCCACAAGGCCUGCUACGAAUUGUCAGUUAACAGCUUUAGACAAUAUACCAACGAAAACAAUUACUAUCCUUGCUCAAAGUGCUUUUCUGAAGGGCAUAGAUGUGUGAUUGCCACUUCUCGACGAGGCGGCGAUUACUCUCGGUUUCGUGUCCGGAAAUCCCAGAAACACCGAGAGGAAGAGCUUCGAGAAUGCGAUCGAUCAGAGCACACUAUUGAAUCCAGAGCUGUAGAUUCAGUCAAUACAGAGACCGUGGCGGCAGACCACAGACUUGGGGGUAUUCAGAAUCCGCUAGAGGCUCUUCAGAUUCUUGCACAGACGGCUGCGACUGAAAGGAGUGCAGAAAGGAGGAAAACAUUAAUGUAUCAAGUCGACAUUAAUCAGAUGUCUACGAGAGAAGAAAGUAAUGCUCAGGAUAGUUCCGUCACUCAUCCAGCAAGGAAAUCCUCGACUCUUCUUACUACUGUGUUGACCAUCGCAACAAAGGACCGAGGGGGCCUGGAAGGCUUGCAUGCCAGAAUAUCUCAGUACAUGGAAAAGCUACUACUGCGAGUUGUGUUGGGCGCUGCCAGUGUUCGGCAUGUUGGCUCAGUGGAAGGACUGCUGCUCCUCGCCGAGUGGGUUCCACACAUCAGUACCGAGGAAUGGGCAAGGGAUGCUGCAGCCAGCAACGGUCCGCCUCAACAGGUGCAAGUGACUGAAGAGGAUAGUGUUUCAUGGAAUCUCAUUGGACUGGCAGUCCGUCAAGCCUAUUUGUUACACCUGGAAAGGUAUUCGUUUCGAGGCGAAUCAAAGGAUGAGGAUAAAUUGGAUUAUCAUCGUAAUAGACUGGCCUGGAUCUUCACGUACCUUGCCGACCGUCAGAUUUCUAUCCAAAUGGGUCAAGCCUUCUGGUGUCGCGGGCCUGGUUUAUCCACUCGGUUCACGAUAGAAGACUACCCCUACCUACGGCCCCAGAAGGCGAAUGGGGUCGAUUAUGCGAGUUUUGUCCAGGCUCAAGUUGAGCUAACCACUAUCUUCGGAAAUAUUCAUGAUAUCCUAUACGCAUCGAAAACUCGCACUGUGCAGCUGAUGCUCAUGGGCGACUACACCAAGUAUCUUGAUGAUAGCUCCAAGGCACUGGCCAUGUGGAAAGAGGCCUGGGCCAAUGUCGAUUUACCUUUUCACCUAAGCGGUCUCCUAUGUCUCCAGUUCGAGUACCUCCGUCUCUACAUCAACGCGUUCGCUUUCCAGGCGGUUCUUUAUCGAACGCCUAAGAGUCCCGUUGGAAGCGAUAACGGAAAGACUUCAUACUUCCCCUACAGCGUGAUGGCUAGUGCUGAUGGUAGACACAUCUAUAUUGCUAUCGAUGCAGCUAAAAGCGUGCUCAAGUACCUCAUGGAGCGGUUGAACCCCACGAAGCACCUCAGGUAUAUUCCUGUCCGGUUCUACCUAUACGAGAUACAUGCUUCGGUGUUCCUCUUCAAAGCGCUGACUGUUGGAGCUUUAAGCUCUGAGGAACAACAGACCUGUACCACGCUAGUUCGCCAAUUUAUCUCCAUGCUCAAAAGUGCAGCCACAAGCCCAUCUCAUAUCACUUCCAGAUACAGCAAGCUGCUCACAAGUCUGUGGUUCCAAGGACAGACCACGCCGGAGACAGCAAACGACUCUGUUCAGUCGAGUGGCUCUGCGCAAAACCCGCUACCGAGCCCUAUAGACCUCGACGAAUUUGCAAGCACUUCCGUGAUAGACAGUACAGGCCCUUUCCAGGAUGACUUCCAGACUCAGCAGGCAUUAUCCUUUCUAGAGUCAACUGAAGGUUUAGAAUGCCCUGACACUUUUUUGUCUAACUUGCCGUUUCUUCGCGGUGGGUUCCCUGGCUUGGAGAACCACGGUGUGGGUCAGCUUCUGAUGGAUUUGUAA